AUGCUCUACGGGACUGUGAUCCUCGGCCUGCCCCUCUUCGUGGUGGGCGCCACCUUUGGCCAGGAGUAUGAUCGGCUCAUGAAAGAUGCCAAACGCAGGUUAGAGCUGCAGAACUCCCGGGAAGGUCGGAAUGCACAGAUGCACCAAGAGAAGACGGCCCAGUUUGCGAAGGCCACCAGCAACUUCAUCGAGGAGCACGCCAUCUUUUGCGAGGCCAUCAAGGAGAAUGCGGACCUGAUUUGGGCAUCCCUGACAAGAUCGGCCGCAACUGGAAGGAGGGCAUCAAGGCGGCGCUCCUGGAGCUGA